AUGAUUUCAAGUCCUAAGUUAAUGACAUCACUUAAGAGUUCUAAUAAUAGUAUGAUCAAUUCGUUAUUUAAACUUUUAGCUCAGAGUCAAAUGACUACGAUUAAAAAGAAAUUAAAAAAGAGUAAUUUCACUGAAGCUAAAGAACUAGUGGUAUCUAUUACUAAGUUAUAGCAAUAUUGUCAUUUAGGCUAUUCUAAGAACAUCGAUAGAUCAACUCACUAAUCCUUUGGAUCCAUAAUUGUUUGGAUACUUACUCAAAGAAUGUCUAUUUCUUUCAGAUCUCCAAUUAUGGCCAGAUUCUUGCUAACCUAAUGUGGACUUGGAAGGAAUCUAAAGUAUUCAUCAAGAUUAAAUACGCUUCAUCUAGUUAAAAUAAAAAUAACAGAAGAAGCUUGGACUACAAUAGCAGAGGGUCUUAGUAAAUCGAAAUCUUUAAGAGUGUUGUAACUUAAUCUUAUGCCAAUAUCUUUGAAAUCUCUUGAUUAAUUAGCAGAUGCUGUGAGGUCUAGCCAGUCUAUUGAGAGAAUAGAUCUAUCUAUGAAUGACUUUAGUGAUGAAUAUGGAUGUAUAAUCACUAAAUUUGUAUAAUCAUAGCAAGAUAUGAAGGAUUUGCUUAAAUGGGAAGGAUCUCUAAGAGGGAGACCACUUGACUAAUCAAUUAAUGAAAAUGGGUUGAAAGAACUAAUACUUCAUCAUAACAUUUUAGGAUAGAAAUUUUUACGAUCUUUUGGCUAAAGACUAAAGAACGACUAAUAUCUGCGAUUUGUUGAUUUAAAGUUUAAUUAGUUUGAGAAGGAAGAUAUUGAAGAACUUCUUGAAUGCAUUAAGCCUAAUAAAAGCAUUUUUGCUAUAGAUCUUAGAAACAACAAUGGAUACAAUUCUGGAAAAAGGCUUGUGAAGAAGCACUGGAUAAUCAAAUAAUUAAUCUUUAUUGAACUACCUGAAAAGAGAGCAUAAUCAGGAAAAUCAUAAACAACCAUUGAGUCAGGAAUGCAAGAUAUGAGCACUUUAUAAUCACAUAGGUUACUUAAUAAAACAAGAGAUACUCAUAUUGAGUCAUCACCAUUCUUAAGUCCUCCAUCAGAAUUAAGAAUAGAAAAAAGCCAGCAUAACACAGGCAAAAACUCUAAUAAAUCACUGUAAUAUUCCUCUGAUAAGCUUAAGUACUAAUCAAUGAAAAAUAUUAGAGGAAGCAACUAUGUAAUUUAGCAAGAAAGUUAUUCAAUAAACUAGAGUAUCCCAGUUAGCAAUAAGAAGAAAAAGAAUGGGAAAGGAUCUCCUUCAUUUUAAUCAGAGAUGAAUAAUCAUGGUGAAAAAUAAUAGCAAAACUAUUAGAUUCCUGAGAAAAAAUAAGAUGAUAAUGUUUCUGAAAAGGUUAAAAAAUCUAAGCAAACUAAGAAAAGAAUUUUAAGUUAAGAUUCAAACAUUUCAAAUAAAAUUUAGACUAUAGAAAAUAGCUCAUAAUCUCAAUAGUAACAUUAAAAACGUCCAAAGUCCAAAGUUAAAGGGAAGACAGUUAAACGAAGAUCCUCAAAACAAGCCCCUUCCAAGUAAAUAAUAAUAAGUGAUGCUGAAAAAGAAGCUGAGCUAGAACGCUAGGCUUUAGAAUACUUGCGGAAAAAGAGCACUACUGAACAGGAUGAACUAGCGAAUACAGAGAAAAAGAAAAGAUAAAAAAUCAAGACAGAUGGCUAGAAUAGGAGAUAGGAACUUCAAAGUUUGAGAAAUAAGUAAAUUUUUGACAUAUGA